CCUUUAUUAAAUCAUAUAAAUAGGAAUUCGUUUAUAAUAUUAUAACAUAAGACCUGACUAAUAUGACAAGAUAUUGAAACAACGCUACAUAAUUAUCCACCCAUAAUUCCUAGUUGCUGGCAUAGAUUAUUGGGCGACAUAAAUUUGUUAGAUAGACUACACUUGAAUAGAUAGACAAGAUAGAUAAAAUAGAAUACUAGAUAGUUUAAAAACGCUCAAAUAUUCUAACUUCACCAGAUUAAAUUUUACAGAUCUAGUGGAAAAAUUGGCUGAGGUUGAUUUUUCCAGCUAUUUCAUAUAUUUAAGGGAGUAGCUCUUCAUUAUUUCUAACUCUACGGGCAAAAAGAGUACGGCGUUUUUACUCGGGCAUUUCCGCCAUUCACCAUUAAGUUUCCUCCGGCGCAGGAAAUGAAUAUCGUCACAUGACCUGGGAGAUGGAACACAAAUAACAGCUUGUGGGUUUAGCUUCUCCGCCUACUUAAGGGCAAGCAGUUAAUCGAAUCAGCAAGGGGUUGCGGCAUCUGAGUCGGCAGCUGAUUGGCUGGAUAUUUGUGUGCUGUCAAAAUCCCGAGUCUUUGUUGUACUUCCGUCGUGGCCGGACUGGAGCAAGAUGGUUGUAGAAAUUCAGCCAGACUGCCUUGGACUCUAUUGUGGAAGAACAUUGGAAAUUAUAAAUGGAACUGAAAUUCAUGGUGAUUGUGGGGUAUGUCCCAGAGGACAAAGAAGUGAUCCCUAUAAAAUCUGCCGCGAAUGUACGGGCUCCCCAGAACGCUAUGAUUGGCUUUAUCUUGGCUUUAUGGCAAUGCUACCUCUCAUUCUGCAUUGGUUCUUCAUUGAAUGGUAUUCAGGGAAAAAGAGUUCCAGUGCUCUUUUCCAGCACAUCACUGCUUUAAUUGAAUGCAGUGUGGCAGCAAUUGUUACCCUGCUUGUAAGUGAUCCCAUGGGCUCCCUGCACAUCCGCUCAUGCAGAGUGAUGAUGCUUUCUGACUGGUAUACCAUGCUUUACAAUCCAAGUCCUGAUUAUGUUACCACCAUUCACUGUACCCACGAAGCUGUCUAUCCUCUCUACACCAUUGUAUUCAUAUACUAUGCAUUCUGUUUAGUAUUGAUGAUGAUGCUUCGUCCUCUGCUGGUAAAGAAGAUUGCUUGUGGGCUGGGAAAGUCAGAUAGAUUUAAGAGCAUUUACGCAGCUCUUUACUUCUUCCCAAUUCUGACUGUGCUUCAGGCUGUUGGAGGUGGUUUGCUCUACUAUGCUUUCCCCUAUAUCAUCAUAGUGUUAUCUCUUGUUACCCUGGUUGUCUAUCUAUCAGCUUCUGAAGUAGAAACUUUCAAAGAUCUGCUUGUCAGGAAGAAAAGGCUUAUCGUUCUGUUUAGCCAUUGGCUGCUGCAUGCCUAUGGAAUUAUCUCCAUUUCCAAGCUGAGCAACAUUUAUCAGGACUUGCCUUUGCUGGCCUUGGUGCCCGCACCAGCCCUUUUUUAUUUGCUAACUGCAAAAUACACCGAGCCAUCCCGGAUAUUAUCUGAGGGAGCAAAUGGACGUUAAUUGUAACUAAUAAUAGUCUGGGUAAGUAAUGUAUAAAAGAGAGUCAGUUUUCUUGGAUCCAACUGUCCUUACCUUAGUUGUUAGCUUGUUAUGGAUCAGCUUUCAAAUAAAACUUUUCUUUUUUUGAGGAUCAAAACUGGACAACUCUGUACCAACCAGAAAGCAAAUUUUCUAAACAGUGUGGAUACCCAGUGUGUGUAAUGCCUUAAGACUCUUUAUCAGCUACAGAAGCCCUUGAUUUUAGCAGUUAAGUCUCUAGUCUUGUUCUGUAUAUCUGUUUUACAUUUGUCUGUUAUGUGUAAAUAAUUUGUACAGCAUACUUGAAAAUAGUGUAAUUUAUUGAUUUCACAGCACAGUAUUUUCUUACAUGUUUGAAUCUGCAUUCAUAGAAGAAUAAAAGAUUCAGUAUUCUAAUUUCAGUUUAUUCAAGUCUGUUUUAUCCUAGAGAGAAAAAACAAAAUGACAUAACAUAUUAUACAAACACUUUUAUCUGACCAAGCAUUUAUAUGAGAUAGAAAUUAUGUAGUAGCAAUAUUUGCUCUGCAUUAAGAAUUUGUUUGUGAAAUAUUUCAAGUUUGAAAGAGCUUAUGAAACACCUGUCCCUCUUUUACAACAAACACAUUGACAGAAUUUCCAUUUAAAAAGGAACACCAGGAUUCAGUUAUGUACUGCAAAUAAAUAAAUAAAUAAAUAAAUUUUAAAGAUCACCCUUUUAGGUGAUCUUUAAAAAAUAUUUUCUGUCUCCAGUUCGGCGGCUAGAUAGUUUAUGCGGUUCCACUUCUAGUAGUGAAUAACCAGAUAUGCCAGUUAUGUUUUAUAUUAUGUUGUGUGUUGUUUUAUGUGUAACAAUUUAUUUUUAAUUUUGUGAAGCUGCUAAGAGUUCUGAAGUUGGGGAGCCUAUAAAUUUGACAAAUGAAAAAAUAAAUAAAGCAUCUGUUAAAAAUUUG